AUGAGCAACCCUGUGAGCUUCGCCCAACUGCAGCGGAUAGCUCGGGCUCUACCGUGCGUCCCAUUCAAAGGGGUGGAGAAGUUCUAUGACAUCCAAGGUCUGUUGUCGAAGCCUGAGGAGUUCCAGGAAGCGAUCUGUCUCUUGGAAGCUAAGUCAAGAUCCUUGAUGCCUACUGCUGUAGUGGGCAUUGACGCUCGAGGCUUCCUGCUAGCGGCUCCUAUUGCAUUGAGGUUGGGAGUUCCAAUGGUGAUGGCUAGGAAGGCAGGGAAAUUGCCGGGAUGCUCGCAUCGGUCUACUUAUGCUAAGGAGUAUGAGACUGGUGACACUAUGGAGAUACAGGAUGGUGCUUUGAUGCAAGGCGAUAGGGUCAUAAUAAUGGAUGACCUCCUCGCUACUGGCGGUACCAUGAAGGCUGCUGUUUCCCUUGUGGAAGAGGCUGGUGCCCAGGCUGUAGGGUGCAUUUGUAUAGUAGAGUUGGAUGCCCUCAAGGGUCGUGAGUCCCUGUCUGCACCCGACAGAGACGUGUGGGCUAUAGUUAAUCAGGCUGUGUUAGAUUCCAUCGCCAACUAG